AGGUGUCCCCAUCAGGGUGCCUCCUUACAUCAGGUGUCCCCAUCAGGGUGCCUCCUUACAUCAGGUGUCCCCAUCAGAGUGUCUCCUUACAUCAGGUGUCCCCAUCAGAGUGUCUCCUUACAUCAGGUAUCCCCACCAGAGUGCCCCCUUACAUCAGAUAUCCCCAUCAGAGUACCCCCUUACAUCAGGUGUCCCCCUCAGGGUGCCCCCUUACAUCAGGUGUCCCCAUCAGAGUCCACCUUACAUCAAGUAUCCCCAUCGGAUUACCCCCUUACAUCAGGUAUCCCCACUAGAGUGCCCCCUUACAUCAGUGCCCCCUUACAUCAGGUAUCCCCAUCAGAGUGCCCCCUUACAUCAGGUAUCUCCAUCAGAGUGCCCCCUUACAUCAGAUGUCCCUAUCAGAGUGCCCCCUUACAUCAGAUGUCCCUAUCAGAGUGCCUCCCACUAUCA